UAACUCACUCAAGGAAAUGAAUUAAGAAUGCAUCUAUGCAAACUAACAACAGCAAGUAUUGUAUUCUAUGUUUGUGUUCAUAAAUAUGGUGGUGACCUGCAGGAAGACGCUUCACAAUGCUGUCAGGCAGCUGUGAAAGACGUCAGGAAGGAAGGAAAUGAGUGAGAAAAGGGAGGAAGUCCUGUCUGAGUGGAGACUUCUCAGGCUAGACAAACAAACCCAGAGGUCAAGAGAAAUUGUGUUUCCGGAGUCCCUUUGGUCCGUUUCUGGUUUGCAAUGUGCUGGAUCUAAGGAAGCAGACACCUGAAAUGCUGCACGAUGGCCAAGGGAAAGAAAAGCAAAGCAGCUAAAAGUAAGACCAUCACCCUGAAAGCGGCUCAGGAGUGCGUGCAGUUCACUCUGGAGGGUAAACGUCGUCUGGACCUCAGUUUUAAGGAGGUCUCUGAGAUGCCAAAGUGCCUCCCGAAGCUGUGUGAGGUGGACGAGGUGGACCUGAGCAGGAACCUGAUCAGAAAGAUCCCGGAGUUCAUCGAUUAUUUCAUCAGCGUCCGGGUUCUGGAUCUGCACAGCAACUAUCUGGAGGAGCUCCCUGCGUCCAUCGGCCGGCUCCAGAACCUGCUGGUCCUGAACCUGUGCAACAACCGUCUGUCCAGCCUCCCCAGCGAGAUGGGCCUGCUGAAGAAGCUGCUGACUCUCAGCCUGGGGAUGAACCAGCUGGACGCCCUCCCCUCCUCCGUCGCCGCCCUGAAGGAGCUGCGGCACAUCGGCCUCUCGGACAACAGGUUCACCCGGGUCCCCUUCUGCAUCUCCAGGCUCAACAAACUGGAGCGGGUCAACCUGGACCGGAACCCCAUCGUCCCCGAGGAUGCAUCCAAUGCGUCCAAUAACAUGGAGAAGCUUUACCUGGUGAAGGAGAGCGUCCUGUGUGAGGACUGCCUCAAUAAGUGCCAGACUGAGAGGAAGAUGGUGGAGGAUAAGGAGAACUGGGAGAAGACAAAUUGACUGGUGAACCACGAUAAGAAAAACACUUUAUAGGAACUUUACUCACUCAAGCAUAGUGUACUGUACCCUGUAUAGUAAAGUGGUUUUAAGUAGAACUACAGCACCACCUGCUGUUCUGAAACAUACAAUAGUCAGCUGUUUAAACCCCCACUAGAUGUCCAUGAUGCACUAUAGUUGGUUUUAAUGGAGCUAUUGAGUGUUUAGGCCAAAGACGCUCAUCAUUUUUCACGCAGGUUUUCUACUUCACUUGCAUUUUUUUAACCAACAGGCCAUCUCAACCUGAUGAGGAUUUUCAAAAUAAAGUGUCAGAUUCUUAACAUUUGCUUUUUUUUUUAAAAUAUAUGCUUAUAUGAUAUGAU